AUGAAAUCUUCGGGUGAUCGCGCCUACGAAAAAUCCGGCGAAGAAGUACCGCGUUAUAACCUCCGUCAUAAGAAACGCGUCGAGAAAGUUCGCGAAGCCAAAAUGGCCGACAAAAAUGGUGAAAGAAGUUCGAGUGACGACGAAAAUGAUUGCGCGAUAGUUCAGCAAUACAAAGUGAUCGAAGAACUACGCGAGCAAAUAAAAGCCUUGCAAAAGUCGCUAGCGUCAUCGGAAAAGGAAAAAGUCCAAUACAUAGAAGCCCUAAAUCAACAAACCGCUAACAACGUCAUCAGUGCCGACGUACCUAGCAUCGAAGCUAUUCCUGUUAGCUUCAAGCCAACCGAAGUUACCUCUGCCAACUUCACAACAGUCAGCGCUACUUCUGCCAGCGCUAUUCCUGCCGAGACUUAUUCUUUUAAUAACAAUUAUGCCAACGCCAACGCCACCUACGCCAGCGCUACUUCCGCCAACGCCAACUUUGCCGGUGCUACAACUGCCAGCACCAAUUAUGCCAACGACACCUACGCCAGCGCUACCUCUGCCAACGCCAAUUUUGCCGGUGCUACAACUGCCAGCACCAAUUAUGCCAACGCCACCUACGCCAGCGCUACUUCCGCCAACGCCAACUUUGCCGGUGCUACAACUGCCAGCACCAAUUAUGCCAACGACACCUACGCCAGCGUUACUUCUGCCAACGCCAACUUUGCCGGUGCUACAACUGCCAGCACCAAUUACGCCAACGCUACCUCUGCCAGCGUUACUUCUGCCAACGUCAAGCCCGACGCUGCCUUCGGCCCCUAUAUCCGGUCUGCCACGUGCCCGCCAGCAAUAAUGCAGCCGUACUGCCACACCAGCCCUUAUUCCUUAAAUCUUUUGCCAGCAAGCUACAUGCCUGCAGCGUCCAACCCACAAAUCACACCGCAGCUCAUCAAUCAAAAAGUUCAAAUAGCACCCAGCGCAAGCCAGGUACGUAAAAUUUUAGAUUUGCCAGAUUUUCAUGGCUCUCCCGAAGAGUGGCCUAUGUUUUCUGUGGCCUUUAAGGAAACCACGGAAAUGAAUUCAUAUUCGCGAUUGGAGAAUCUGUUACGUCUCCAGAAAGCCCUAAAGGGGAAAGCCAGACAACAGGUGGAGUCGUUGUUGAUCCACCCAUCCAGUGUAGAUGCGGCUAUGAAAACAUUAGAAUUUCAUUACGGUCGCCCAGAGCUACUUAUUAGAAGCCAAAUAGCGAAAGUUCGAGCGUUUCCACCCAUUACCGGAGGACGAAUCGCCGAUAUACUCAAUUUUAGCACAAUGGUAUCAAACUUAGCUGCCUUUCUAGAAAAUUCCGGUGCGGUACCACAUCUAAAUAAUCCAAUGUUGCUCGACGAAUUAAUCAGCAAACUGCCGCUGAACAAGAGGGAAGAGUGGACUCGCCACAUCUUCGAAAUGCAAAAGCCAUAUCCCACUGUGCGUGAAUUUAGCAAUUGGUUGCAGCACACAGCCAUGUAUGUGUCCAUGGCAAUAGAUGUUAUGCCAACAAAGUAUAUGCCCAACGAUUUUGUGUGCCACAAACCUAAAAUGUCGUCCAAGCCCGUAAUGACUGUAACAAAAGAAGAAAAGAAGUGUUUAGUGUGUGACCAAAGCCAUAUUUUAAAUACGUGCUCAAAAUUUAAAGAUGCCGAUUGUUCGAAUCGCUGGAGUAUAGUGAAAAAUAAGCAUCUGUGUUUUUGUUGUUUGCAACCUGGUCACAGUGUACAGAAUUGCCGCAAGCGACGAGUGUGUGGUAUAUCCUCGUGUAAUAAAUUCCACAAUCGGUUGCUUCAUAGUUCCAGUGAUAAUAAUAAAAACAAUAUUUCAUCUGCUGAUAAAGCUGUGGCAACUGUUCAAACUGUGUAUCAAAAUCCACAACAUCCACUCGCUCGAUCAAAUUCACCACAACGUAACAAAACACUCCUCAAAUAUUUGCCUGUCAAGCUGAAAGGUCCCAAAGGCGAAAUCAACAUUUUCGCUUUCAUUGACGAAGGCGCAAAAAUAUCCCUAUUGGAGGAAAAUAUAGCGAACGUUCUCGGCCUCAAAGGCAAAUCCAAUUUACUUCGCCUGAAGUGGAUAGGCAAUCAAAGCAUGAGCGAACAGUCGCGGCAAGUGUCACUUGAAAUUGCCGGCGCAAAUGAAGCAGCAACGAGUUAUGAAAUGAGGGGAGUGCGUACAACAAAAAAGUUGUAUUUGCCGCAGCAGACGUUGAAUUUGAACGACUUCAUACAACGUCACGAACAAUUGGCAAAUAUACCAAUCGCCGAUUACAAUAAUGCAGUGCCGCAAAUACUUAUUGGAUUGUCGCAUACAGAGUUAAUACGAACAAUAAAAACUGUGAAUUUGGACGAUGGCUUUGCAAUCCACAAGACAAUGUUAGGGUGGACAUUAUUUGGAUCGAACGAAUAUCGUUCGAGUGAGGGUACUAUUGGUCACGUCAAUAUUGAAAGCACCGCACAAUUGAAUGAAAUUAGUAAACAAAUAACAGAAUAUUUUGCAGCAGAAAAAUUUGAAAUAAAGCAAUUGCCAAGCGUUCGUUCAGAAGCCGAUAUUAGGGCGGAAAAGUUAUUAAACGAGACGACAAGGUUUGUAAAUAAUAAUAGAUAUGAAACCGGCUUGCUUUGGCAUAAAGAUAAUGUGAAAUUUCCCGAAAGUUUCAGUAUGGCCAUGAAGCGCUUAGAGCAAAUUGAAAUGAAAAUGGAACGGGAAAAAGACUACGGGGAAUGGUAUAAAGCAAAAAUCAACGAGUACAUCGAAAAGGAAUACGCAAAGCGACUUUCACCCGAUGAAGCUAAUGUAAAUGCUGAUCGCACAUGCUAUUUACCACAUUUCGCCACAUGUAAUGUAAACAAAGGAAACAAACGUAGACUCGUUUUCGAUGCCGCAGCAAAAAUAAAUAAUAUGUCGUUGAAUUGUGCCCUUAUGAAAGGACCGGAGGAGUAUCAACCAAAAUCGCUGUUGGCAAUAUUGUGUAGGUUUAGACAAGGCAAAUUUGCAGUAUGUGGUGACAUAUGUGAGAUGUUUCACCGGAUUCUGAUUCGCCACGAAGAUCAAAAUGCGCAGCGCUUUCUUUGGAGAGGGGGCGAUCGAUCCAAACCGCCAGACGUUUACGUUAUGCGCGCCAUGAUAUUUGGAUCAAUUAGCUCACCAUGUUCUGCACAAUUUGUAAAAAACGUGCACGCAGAAAAAUAUCGUGAUGUAAAUGCAAGAGCCGUCAAUGCCAUUGUGGAUCGGCACUAUGUCGACGACUAUAUGGACAGUUUCGAUACUGUCGAAGAAUGCAUUAAGGUUACCAAGGAUGUCAUCGAUAUCCAUAGCCACGCCGGGUUCCAGUUAAGAGGGUUGACGUCAAAUUCGUACGACAUUCUGCAAGCUGUAUUACACAACGAGCAGCCGUGUAAGCAACAAAGAAAUUAUAUAUGCCAAGGGGAGAGUGCUACCGAGAAGGUGCUUGGAAUGCACUGGAACCCAAACAAAGAUUACUUUUUCUUCAAAUUGCUGUUUUCUAGAGUGCCCAAAGCAGUUUUAGACUGUAGUAGACGGCCAACGAAAGGUGAGAUGCUGAGCGUUACUAUGGUUUCGCGUGUGGGUUGGUGCUGCGGGCAAAAGUUUUGA